AUGUCCAAGUUGUACAUUGGUAACCUCAGCUCAGACGUUUCCCAAGAACUUCUUCACAGAGAGCUCAACGAUAGGGCGAUUGAUGUGCAAAAUAUUGUCGUUAACAAGCGAGGCUUUGCCUUUAUCGACCUCCCAGAUCAAGUAGCGCUCGACAAGGCGAUAGAAAAACUCUCAGGGCUCAAGAUAAAUGGCAAGGAAAUCUCCGUUGAGCAUUCAGUCCCUAGAACCUCAAGAACUCGCAAAAUCCAAAUCCGCAACAUCCCCUCGACGAUUCACUGGGAGGAUCUCGACUCGCUGCUGUCCAAGUUCGGGCGAGUCGACUCCUGCGAACAAGUAGCUACGGAAUCAGAGACUGCAUCAGUCAAUGUUGUCUACCACUCCCGUCAGGAAGCAUUAGCGGCGGUUCGAGAGCUCAAUGGACACAAUUUGAAAGAUCAACAACUUCGAUGUUCAUUUUUACCCGACAACGCUGACUCGGAAAAAACUGUCCGUACUCGACCUAGUCCUUUUGGAUUUGGGACACGAGGAUCACCAGAUACACCCCUAAAAAUGCUCGUUCCGGCGUCCGUUGUCGGUGCAAUCAUCGGCAAAGGGGGUUCUACUGUUCGCCAGAUUACGCAGCUCAAGGAUUCGAGAGCUCGAGUCGAUGUCCACCGACGAGAAGGCCCGGGAUCGGACAAAGUGGCGACGAUUUAUGGGGCACCAGAAGCUUGUGGAGCUGCAGCGAUAAGAAUACUGGAGAUUGUGAGGAAGGAAGAAAAGGAUAAUGAACUACCUCUGAAGGUUUUGGCUCACAAUGCGCUGAUUGGAAGACUGAUCGGUAGAGAUGGAAGAAAUCUCAAGCACGUUCAGGACAAAACCGGAACACGAAUCGCCAUAAGUUCAAUGCACGACCUCUCCCCUUACAACAUGGACCGUACAAUCUCCAUCCACGGCGAAAUCAAAGGCAUCGCCGAAGCAGAACAGCAGAUCACCGAGAAGCUGCGACAGUUCGAGACCGAUAUGGCCGCGAUGUCACAACAGAGCCUCUAUCCCGGGCUGAAUUCACAGCAAAUGCAAAUGUUUCCCGGUCUCCAAAGUCCUACAGCUCCUCCUGCAUAUAAUGUUUCUUAUCAAGGCAAUUCUUCAAGCAAUAAUACUCAAGAAACAGUAACUCUUCUUAUCCCGUCUGGAGCCGUCGGGGCAAUUAUUGGAUCCCGAGGAACGCAUAUUCGAAAUAUCUCAAGAAUCGCUGGAGCCAGCAUCCGAAUCCACCCCCCAGAUGAGAACGACGAAAAGAGUCGAGCUCAAACUCAGCCAGAACCAGUGGAAAAUGCCGAUGGAGAGAAUACAGAUGCAGAUCGAGAUGCCAAAGCACGCGUUACGAUCGUUGGCGUGCCAGAGUCCCAGUGGAAAGCGCAAUUCUGUAUUUUUGACAAGCUGAAACAGGAGGGCUGGUUUGGCAAUGAAGAAGGCCGCCUCACGACGCAAAUCACGAUUCCUGGCAAACUCGUCGGCCGAAUCAUCGGCAAAGGCGGUGUCAAUGUCCGGGAGCUACAGCGCAUUACAUCUUCUGAAGUCACGAUUCCCCGCCAAGGCGAGUUAAACUCCUCGGACGAGAUUCCAGUCUCAAUAACCGGGACUUUCUUUUCAAAUCAAUCGGCGCAGCGCAAGAUUCGCGAUCUCGUCGGUCGCGAAAUCGCCCGAAUGAGAUAA